CACACUCUAACACAUGCUCAGUUACUCUCAAAAGAAUAGUCAGGCAGGAGCUACUGUUUGACCAGCGGAUCAGCCAACAUGCCAGUGGAACUGAAAGGGAACAUUUUAGUGACAGGGGCCAACAGAGGCCUUGGUUUGGAGCUGGUGAAACAGCUGGCAGAGACGACAGGACAAGAGGCUCACAUCUAUGCCUGCUCCAGAGAGCCUGAAGGAAGCAGAACUGAGGCACUGAGACAGUUAACCACCCGACAUCCUGGAAAGAUCACUAUAAUCAAGCUAGAUGUUGCAGAUGAGGAAAGUAUCUCAGCUGCUGUGCAGGCUGUGCAAGAUCAGAUCGGGGAUGCUGGGUUGAAUAUCCUUAUCAACAAUGCUGGUAUUAGGAAACCGGCCUUGUCAGGAGCAUUAUCUGCUACCAAGAAAAACGACAUGAUGGAGGUGUAUGAAACCAAUGUGGUUGGACCAUUUACCAUUGCAAAGAUGUUUCUUCCACUCCUGAAAAAAGCAGCACAGAGGGAUUCUUCUGCAAAGGGCAAUGAUAAUAAAACUGCCUGCAGCUCAGCCAUCAUCAACAUCUCCACAGCUAUUUCAUCCAUAGAGAAAUGUCCAGAGACCUUCUCAGCAGCACAGAUGUAUCCUUAUAGAAUAAGCAAGGCAGCACUGAACAUGCUGACUCGCUGUCAAGCCGAAGACUUCAAGACUCACAAUAUAGUGGUGACAGCCAUACACCCAGGCUGGGUCCAAACUGAGAUGGGAGGAGAAAAGGCUCCUUUGACCACCGUGGACAGCGUACUUGGCAUGCUUAGUGUGAUAUCGUCACUUAGCAACAAAGACAGCGGGAUGCUUCUGGACUGGCAGGGCAACACCAUCCCCUGGUAGCCGUCAUGUCAAAACCA